AUGUCUGAGGAGAGGGCGCGGCGGUUGUCGCAGAUUUUUGACCCUCUCGCGCGGUUUACGGACCACAGUGGAGCGGGGCAUUCGGCAAGUACGCCGAAUAGUCCCCGACUGUUGCCGAGGAGGUCACGAGAUCCGCCUCCACCGCCACCAAGGCCAAUCGCGCACUCCUCGCGGUUAGACCCUUUGGAGUACGAACUCGCGGAGGUGGGCUCCAUCAACUGGCAGGAGCGGUGCUUAGAGCUGCAACUUGAACUGCACAGAAGUAGACACCAGGCUACGAGGGUCAGAGAUAUGCUCAGAGAUAAGGUAUGUACAUGUUGUUUAUUACAAGCUGAUUAG